AUGCCCGUCCAGCAGCAUGUGCUGAACUGGCUUUACAGCGUCCUCACCAGCGAAUACCACGAUGUGAACCGUGCCUAUAACGAUGUUGCGCAAGCCCUUGACCGUUUUUCCUCUCUAUCGCCUCGAACCGAUGUACAUACCUUUUCGAACGGCGCCAAUGCCCUACUACUUCAUCUCUCGGGGACGCUCCCUGUAAACUUUCGCGGAACCACAUACCGGUUCCCAUUAUCAAUAUGGGUACCACACGCAUACCCACGAGAACCACCCAUGAUAUACGUUGUGCCGACUGAGACGAUGAUGAUACGGCCAGGGCAGCACAUUGAUCCACAGGGCUUCGUAUAUCACCCAUACCUAGUGGGAUGGGCUGAAUUCUGGGAUAAGUCCAAUCUUCGGGACUUCCUAAAUAUCCUCACCGACGUCUUUGCAAAAGAACCUCCAGUUGUGGCUCGACAACCACAGCAAGCUCGACCGCCUCCUGCGCAAGCUACCCCGACACCUCCUCCCGUCCCGCCUCUGCCUCCUGGCAUGGCGCCGUCCUCACGACCUGCGACACAGGAUCCGCACUCUUCAGAACAGCCGCGCCCACCUCCUCCACCCCCGAAAGCCCCCCAGAAUGCAUCUCCCGCGCCAAACAGACCACAAAGCGGGCCACCCUUGCCUCCAAUUCCAGGACAAUCUCCUGCGCAGUCUAAUCGGAUGUCCCGUUACGAUUCAGCUCCUCCCCUGCCACCCCAGGUUGGAAGUCCGAGUGCACAGGAUCCGCGAUUACCUCGCCCUCAAGAACAGCAUCCGACUCGUCAUAUGCCACCUGCCGGACCGCCAAUGGCUGCGCAACCUAGAUACAUGAACGAUGGCCAGUCAUUUGCGCCUCCAUCACAACAACAAUGGCAGCAAAUGCCACCACAGCAUCAGCAAUAUCAACAACCUCCGCAGCCCCCGGCUUGGACUCAAGCUGCUCCACCACAACCCAGUCCUGCGCAACCACCUCCACCUCCUGAUCUGCUUGACGAACCCCUAGAGCUAGCAUUGCCAAAUAAUACAGUAGCGGCGCCUCCAAUCCCGCCCAAUCCGGAGAAGGAUGCGCUUUUGCGACAGUUAGCUCAGACACUGCACUCGAUCAGAAUGCGUAGCAAGCAGCAGAACGACUCGAGCAUGGCGGGCCUACAAGCACAAAGGACAGCAAUGUUGUCAGCAAUACCUGCUUUUCAAGCUGAAGGCGGUCAAUUAGCGCAGCUUUCAAAUGUACUGACAUCGAACUCUAAUAUUCUACACGAUGCUCUUCAUAAAGCGGAUGCGGUCAUUGAGGGAUCCAAGAGCCACCCUGUGCCAGACGUUGACGAGCUGCUUGUAGCCCCUACUGUGGUUGCAAACCAACUUUACACGCUGGUGGCAGAAGAGAGAGCUCUGGGUGACGCCAUAUUCAUGCUCGGCCGGGCUGUAGAGCGCGGGCGCAUUACGCCAGCAGUAUUUGCCAAGAUGACAAGGCAUCUCGCAAGAGAAUGGUACUUGAAAAAGGCAUUAGUGCGAAAGAUUGGCCAAGGAAUGGGCCUGGCCGCGUGA